UCAUGUCUAAUAAAUUACAUUCUCCAUUAGGUCACGGUAGAACAAAUAAAAUAUUGGUCACAGCAGCAUUAGCCAAAGUGUAAGUAGAUUUAGUUGAUACUUAAUUGAAUGAAAAUACAAUCAAGGAAUUAUUGAAAUUAAAUCCAUUUGGAAAAGUCCCAGUAUUGGAAACUACAGAAGGAUCAAUAUUUGAAAGCAAUGCUAUUCUUAGGUACCUUGCUAGACAUUCUCAAGGAUUAUAUGGGUAUUCAAUAUCAUUAAAUAUAGAACAUCCCAAUAUUAAUAAGGAUUGGUUGAUCAAUGGUUAGAUGUUACUACAAAUGAAUUAGAAACUGAAGCCAUAGUAGUUGCUUUAUAAGUCUUAGGUUAUACACCUGUCAAUUAAACUUAACAAAAGAAUUCAUUGACAUCAAUAGCCAAUACUUUAAGCAUUGUCAAUACUUAAUUAGGCAAAAACAAAUUUAUAACAGGAGAAACACUCACAGUAGCUGAUGUUGCUUUGGCAUAAGUUUUAACAUUUGUAUUUACAUACUUGAUUGGAGAAGAGGAAAGAAACAAAUAUCCUUAAUUAUUGAAAUGGUUAAGUGAAGUAAAUUCACUACCAGAAUGGAGAGAAGUAUAGAUUGAUAUUAAUAUAUAUUAGUAUUUUGGAAGACCAAGAUUUUUGAAGAAGGCUUUUCCAUAAGUAACAGAGGAGAAGAAGGAGAAGAAAUAAGAAUAGAAAUAAGAGAAAUAAAAAGAAUAACCAAAAUAGAAGGAAUAACCAAAAUAAUAAGAAUAAGCUAAACCAAAAGCAUAAGAGGGUGAUGAUGAUGAUUAACCAAAGAAGAAGGAAGUUAAUCCACUUGAUUUAUUACCACCAUCAACAUUUAAUAUUGAUGAUUACAAAAGAAUCUUCUUUGCUGAAAAGGAUAUUUAAAAAAAUAUGGAGACAUUAUUCAGUACAGUUGAUUUGAAUGGAUGGUCAUUAUGGUUAGUCAAAUAUAAUAAAUCAGAGAAUGAAGGAAAGAAAUUAAUUUUGACAAAUAAUUUAAUGAAAGGAUUUAUUAAUUAAAGACUUGAUUAAAAUUUCAGAAAAUAUGCCUUUGGUAUUCAUGGAGUAUAUGGAGAUGAACCAAAUUUAGAAUUAAGAGGUGCAUGGUUAUGGAGAGGAACAGAGGUUCCAAAAGAAUGGGUAUGAAUAAUUAAUUAUUUUGAUUAGAAAGAUCAUGUUGCAUAUGAUUAUCAUCAAUUUAUCAAGAUUGAUAUUAAUAAUGCAGAAUAAAAAUAAUUAUUUGUUGAUUAUUGGGUAAAAUAAGAGGAGGAUGUUUCUGUUGUUGAAGGAUUAACAGCAAGAAGUUUAAUAUAUUUCAGAUGAG